CAGGCAAUCCACUACUACCCCCCGGCCUUAAACCCAACCCUAGGCCUCGCCUCGCCUCCGGCCACCACUACCCGCCGCCGCCGCCGCCGCCGCCGCCGGUUGCCAUGGAGUUCUGGGGCCUCGAGGUUAAGCCUAACCAGUCCAUCAAGGUUUCUCCUGAAGAUGACCACUUUCUCCAUCUCUCCCAGGCUGCCCUUGGUGAGGUCAAGAAGGAUGACAAGACAACCUUGUUUGUCAGGGUCGACGGCGGCCAGAAGCUAGCCAUCGGGACCCUCUCUAUGGACAAGUUCCCUCAGAUCCAGUUCGACCUCGUCUUCGAAAAGGAAUUUGAGCUGUCACACAAUUCCAAGACAACAAGCGUCUUCUUCUCUGGCUACAAUGUUUUCCAACCUGCCCAGGGAGAUGAGAUGGAUUUUGAUUCUGAAGAUGAGUCUGAGUCUGAGGAUGAGCAGGAGCCCAUCAUUCCGCCAGUCGCCAAGGAAAACGGCAAACCUGAAGCCAAGGAGCAGAAGAAGCAGGUUUUAAUUGACACUGGAUCUUCAAAAUCAAAGGCCGCUGCCAAGGACAUUGGAAAAUCUAAGAAGGAUGAUGACAGUGAUGAUGAUGGCAGUGAUGACGACGACAGCGAAGAUGACUCUGCUGAUGGAGCAUUGAUUCCCAUGGGGGAUGAUUCUGAUGAUAGUGAGGAGGGUGAUGAGGACUCUGACUCCGACGAGGACAGCUCUGACGAGGAGGAAGAAGAAACACCCAAGAAGCAAGAGACUGGGAAGAAGAGGGCGGCUGGAAGUGAUAUUAAGACCCCUGUUGCUGACAAGAAGGCCAAAAUUGCAACACCAUCAGGCCAGAAAACAGGUGACAAGAAGGGGGCUGUCCAUGUUGCGACCCCGCACCCGGCCAAGAAGGUAGGCAAGACCCCAGCAACCAGCGACAAGUCGCCCAAGUCUGGAGGGUCGGUGGCCUGCAAGUCGUGCACCAAGACAUUCAACAGCGAGGUUGCUCUAGCUUCGCACGCCAAGGCCAAGCACGCGGCCAAGUGAAGAGGAGAGGAGAGGAGAGGGGGAUGUUGGUUGGCUGGCUGGGUUGAGUCAGUUACUAUUUUGAUUGAUGUGUUCUUGCCCUAUGAGACUAUCAGUUACGCUGGUGUUUUAGGCUACCUAUCUAUUAUCUAUGUUGUCGUGUUCCCUACCUAGCCUGAGCCUGAGGGAAGGGAGAAAACCGUUGAUCUGUUAGUGAUUGAUGAGUCGAAUCGAAGGAAGCUGUUGUGGUUCGGAAAUUGAAUUGGUUGGUGGUAUGCUAUGCUAUGCUAUGAUGAAGCUUUGAAUGAAUGAA